AUGAGCUCCAAUGCCGACCUCCGACUCAGCCAGAGGCGCAUCAAAGCCCGCAAUCGCAUCGACAAAGCCUGCAACAAUUGUCGGCGUCGGAAAGAAAAGUGUGAUGGGGCGCAACCGAAGUGCUCCAGCUGUGCUGUCGCCGGGCGAGAGUGCCAUUAUGCCCACGAAGUCAAACGCCGCGGGCUCCAGGAAGGCUGGGUCCAUGCUCUAGAGAAAGCGUGGGCAGUAGCUAUCCUGGGCCGGCCUGAAAUUCAGUCCGAAGUCGUUGCUGUGCUCGAGAACGGCACGCAGGAUCCUCAGCGAGGAGGCUUUGGGGCUCUUUGGACGGAUGAGGCCGAUGAGGCCGGCCUCUUGAAGACAUGGCGUUCCUCCGAUCUAUGUCGCGAGCUCGAGCGUCUUCUGCCCCGCUUUGAACGCCUUCAACGCCAUAAAAUCAGUAGUCUAGCUCCUACGGAGCUUGACAUUUUUGCUGUGCGUAGUGCCCAGGAACAGACGGCGUCUGCAGAACGUUCAUUCGGUCCACCGGGGCAACAGUCUUCUGCACGGCCGCUAACCCAAUGGCCGGAGUCGUCGCCGCGGCUCUCGACUGAUGCUACCUUGGACAUGCUGCCAUCUGAUCAAGUACAGUUGCCACCGGAUGUUCUCCAGGUGGUGGACGACUACUUCCGCUCGACGCAUGUCUGGUUUCCAGUGGCAGAAAAGCACAGAAUCUACCGUCUCUGCCAUACAUGGGCGAACAAAGAUCAGGCCGAGCUCGGCGGACGUACUUGCGUACUAGCCAUACUUAACGUUGGGAAAGCUGUGAAAGCUGGUAGUACUUCCGAAGACACCGUGGAGCAUGCCCGGUUCAGCGUCCCGGGUGUUUUGGACUUUACCAGUCUCUUCGCAAACGAAAUACCAACAAUGUCUAAGCUACAAGACCUUGGUUAUGUACAAGCACUACUGGUUCUUAGUAUUACUCGGAUCACCUCGGGUUCUGUCGAGGAGGCUUGGCUGCUUGUUGGGCAAGCCAUGAGACUGGCAAUGUUGCGAAUCAAGUCAGUCAAUAGUGUGACCCAGGGCAUGCCACGGGCGACCCACAAUCUACAGGACGCGCAUCACCGCGCUCUGUUGGCUUGUAUGGUCCUUGAUACACUAUGUGCUGUCGCUCUGGGUCAGCAGCCUCUGUUCCCGAUAUCAUUACUUGACUUACUUGGACCGAUCGACGAAGAUGGGAUUGAAGAGUGGGAGCCCUCUGACGAAAGCAGCAACUCGGCUCGUGCGCCUGCUCUUAUGCUGAGCACCUUCAACCGGCUCGUAUGUGCUGUCAAGAGCCUGUAUCUGGUGUUGAGAGACACACAAACUACGGCAGGGCUGGAUUCUUCCGGCGUGCCUAUUACACAUGCCCAAGACCAAUGGUUUACAGAUCCCAUGCACUUCGACGGCGAGCUAGAUGAUGCAGUUUCCCCAGCGCUGCCCCAACAAGUGUCUGUAUACCUAGUGCGCCUGACUACGAAGCUCAUUUCAGAGUUACGCAACGAUAAUACCGCAUCUGCGGCACCUGCCAACGGAUCAGCUAGAAUGGCGCUCCUACAAAAGAUCACAGAUCUCAUUGACCAUGGGCUUCAGCUAGGCACGAAAACCACCGCCAAGUUUCUAUGGCAACUCAUCUUGAAAGGCCUCUUAGUCCAAGCUCAGCAGUCCAGCACCAAUCUAUCGACCGCAGAACGCACUCAAAUAAUAGAAUUGGUCAUGCAACAAGUACACCUUUUGGAGAGGAAGGACAACGGCAGCCAAUCCAAUGUGUCGGAUCCUCCCUUGAUAGAUUCUGCGUUUGAACCUGUUCAGCCACUUGUUGAUUCCGACAACUAUCAAGAUCCAGCAGGACUGACAUCGGUGCUCAACACGAUCGACCGUGCUGUGUCAAAUCAAGCAGCCGCACCAGUAAGAAGUGAUGUUGGUCCUUGGCCUCCUGAAGAUACACCGUGGCUAGGGAGUAUCGGCGAUGACAGUUCGCACAACGGGUUGCUCGAAGAUCUCAUAACAAUGGACGCCAUUGACUGGAACUCGUCAUGGGAACAAAGUUUUCAGGGCCUUGGAUUUCCUAUGAACGACUUUGAUGGAUCGGAAUUCCAGUACGACUUCUCAAACACAUGA